GCCUGCACUAAACCAAUGAAAGGAUGAACAAUGUCACAGAAUUCAUCCUCCUGGGCUUGACUCAAGAUCCAGAUCUGCAGAAACUCUUAUUUAUUGUGUGCUUAGUAAUCUAUUUGAUCACGCUGGCAGGUAACACACUCAUCUCAGUCACCAUCUUCACCAGCCCGGCCCUGGCUACUCCCAUGUACUUUUUUCUGUCCUACUUGUCCAUCAUAGAUGGUUUCUACUCUUCUUCCAUAGCACCCAAAAUGAUCUAUGACUUGAUCUCUGAGAGGAGCAGCAUAUCCUUCAAUGGCUGCAUGACUCAGCUUUUUGCUGAGCAUUUUUUCGCUGCAGCUGAAAUCAUCUUGCUGAUUUCCAUGGCCUAUGAUCGCUAUGUAGCCAUCUGCAAGCCCUUACAUUACGUAACUAUCAUGAGCCGACCUGUGUGUAUAUUCCUGGUGAGGGCUGCUGUAAUCCUGGGAUUCAUCCAUGGAGGAAUACAGAUUUUAUUUAUGGCCCAAUUACCAUUCUGUGGCCCAAAUAUCAUCGACCACUUUAUGUGUGAUUUAAUACCACUCCUCGAGUUGGCCUGCACUGACACUCACACUCUUGGGCCUCUGAUUGCUGCCAACAGUGGGUCACUCUGUUUGCUCAUUUUCUCUAUGCUGGUUGCUUCCUAUAUAGCCAUCCUUCACUCCCUGAGGAAUCACAGCUCAGAAAGUCGUCGCAAGGCCCUGUCUACCUGUGCUUCUCAUGUAACUGUCGUUGUCUUAUUCUUUGUACCUUGCUCAUACCUGUACCUGAGGCCUAUGACUUCCUUCCCCACUGACAAAGCUGUGACUGUAUUUUGUACCCUGGUGACACCUAUGCUGAACCCUUUAAUCUAUACCCUCAGAAAUGAGGAGGUCAAAAAGGUUAUGAAGAAGCUGCUGGGUCAAAUGUGCAAAGCUAGCGAUACAUAAACCUGGGGAUUUGUGUGUUUAAAAAUAACUAGAGUUGUUUUAUUGACACUCAUUCUCCUUCUUAAACGAGUAAAAUGAUGACAGUUAAUUAUAUUCUAUCUCCACCAAAUUUUCAUUGAGUAGUAAGUAUAUCUCUGAAUGGAGUUCAGUGUGACAAUCUAUGUAGAUAAUAUAUAUGUGAAAAUUAUGGUGAAAAACAUUUUUAUCUCAUUAAAUGACCAUGGCUUCUUGUGUGUUGUAAACCUUUAAACUCUUUUCUAGUUCUUUAUAAAACAUAUAAUAAAUUGUUGUGAACCAUGUUCUUCCCAGUGUUUAGUAUGUGCUCCACUGAUACACAUGUAUUUUGGUUCCUGUUAUUCAACUUCACAAUAUUACUCUGUUUUCUGUUCUCCUAGUAUCUAUGAGCACUGUUCUACUCUCAAAUCUAGUGGGAUAAAACUUCAUGGCUUUUGCAUUUGAGUGAGAA